GAAAUCAUUUGCAAUUUAAAUUUCCUCUAUAUAUUAACGACAAUAUUAUUUUCCUUGCUUGCUUUUGAAAUAAUCGCGUAACUAGAUCCGUUGCAUUCUUAAUUGUUUGGGAGUCAAAAUGUCCGAUCCACAAAUUCUGACAACAUUGGAAGAAGGUGCCGGCAGCUCGCCUCCGACUAAGAGCAGAUUUUCUGGGCUUUGUUCAUCUUCUAAGAUUGUUCACCUUCUCCAAAAGCUAAUUGCAGAGGUGAUGGGUACAUAUUUCUUGAUAUUUGCCGGCUGUGGUUCGAUAGUGGUGAACAAGAUAUAUGGUUCAAUAACAUUUCCAGGGGUGGCUGUCGUCUGGGGCUUAACCGCUAUGGUCAUGAUCUAUUCCGUUGGUCAUAUCUCCGGCGCCCAUUUUAAUCCCGCCGUCACCAUUACUUUUGCCAUCUUUCGCGAUUUUCCUCUCAAACAGUUACCUCUGUACAUCGUGGCGCAGCUUUUAGGUUCCAUACUUGCGAGUGGGACGUUAUGCCUUUGUUUCACCGUACAUCCGGAUGAUUUCUUUGGAACUGUACCGGUUGGAUCAUAUGUUCAAUCUUUGGUCAUUGAAAUCAUUGCCUCAUUUCUCUUGAUGUUCGUCAUUUCCGGCGUUGCCACAGAUAAUAGAGCUAUUGGCCAAAUGGCAGGAAUUGCUAUAGGAAUGACCAUAUUAGUCGAUGUCUUCGUUUGCGGGCCUGUAUCAGGGGCGUCGAUGAACCCAGCUCGGAGCAUUGGGCCGGCAUUGAUUAUGAAGAACUUUAAGGGACUCUGGGUUUACAUUGUAGGUCCAAUCAUUGGGACAAUAUUGGGUGGAUUUGCUUACAAUUUGAUAAGACGCACCGACAAACCACUCCGGGAAAUAACGAAGAGCGCUUCCAUGUCGAUCAAGAGCGUUCCCAUCCUCAAGUCCAUGUCCAGGAACACCACUUUCAACAGUAGAACCUAACGUAUCAACAAUGAUCAUCGUCGUCGAAGAUCUUCAUGGAACUGCACAUCAUCCUCGUCAUCGAUCUUCUCUAUGUACGUACGUAGUAUGUCCGCCCGGUGCACACAACCAAUGUGGAGGUACCAGCGGGUUAGCUUAGCUACCUUUUAAAUGUAUAUAUCUUUAGCCAGGGUUUAUCUUAACUCCAAUAUUGUAUAACUCAAGCAAUAUGAUGACCUUCCUUCCUAGCUAGGUUGCUUCUGUAAGAUCAAAUAUGGACAUAACACAUAUCAUCAUAAAGUAAUUGAUGAUUAGCUUAAUAUCAAUCCUAGUUUAACAUGGAU